AUGUGGAGCCGAAACCUGGUGCAAGAAACAGCCAGGCCUAAAUGGAAAGUGGCAGAUCAAAGAACUAAACUACCUGCGUGUCCCAAUGCUACUACUCGACAUGGACUAUCUUCAUACACAUUUGGCUCCAAGAUCCUGAGAUGUCCUGCAGCCUACAGGCCCUUGGAAAAGGUUGUAAAUGGCCAAAGUAGGUUGGAGCAACCUACACAACGAAGAGCAAGUGGUUAUCACGGACGGCACGAAGAAGCUAGUCCAGUGCGUCCACACAUUGUGACAGUAAUUCGGCCAUGUGGUGAGCACAACCUGCGGAAGAUCUCUCUGCUUCUAAACCGACGUGCCGUCCAGACAUAUGAGCUGUUGAUGGCUGAUGUGUCAGAAGCUCUUGGCUUCCCAUGCUGGCACAGUGGUCGUGUUCGACGCCUUUUCAGCCCUGCUGGGCAAGAGAUACACAGCCUCUCUGAAUUUUUCCACUUUAGCAAUGCCUUUCUGGCCUUUGGAAUCAGCCGUCCAUCCAUUAGUGAAGUACAGGCCGCACUACAGGAGCUGUAUCCUGACAAUCCAAGUUAUUGUGACAGCUUGUUGAGGUUGUGGGAGCGGAUCCUGAAGCCUAAAGCUGCCAAGACAGAUAGCGGUUUCCAUGAUGAUGUGCCCAAGGAUGAUUCAGUGACAAUCCAACCAAAAGCCAAUCAUUUGCAGCCAUUCAGAACACAAGUUAGGCCAAAAGACAGGGGCAGAAGAGAGAGGCAGAGAGGAGAAAGGGACAACAGGGAGGAUAGGAGAGCACACCAAUCACAGGCGAAAGAGGAGAGGAGGACUGACAAGAAGAAUGAGCCAGUUUAUUGUCUUAGCUGUAGAGGAGCUGGUCCACCUAUUCCUCCAAUUGUAAACAAGAAGUCUGCAAAAUUGGAAUUAAAUAACAAUGAGAGCAACACUCCUCUUUCCCAGGAUGACAUUAUGAAGAACUUAUCACAGAUAAAAAAUGAUCCAAACACCCUUCAGAACAAAAUCCUAAUAUUGGGGGCCCAGGAAGAACCUCCAGUAGAAGAAGACAUGGCUAAAACAGAAAUGGUAGAGCAGAAAGACUUGUGGGAGAGGCUCCCACCUGAUGGAUUGCAUGUCUCUCUGGAGGAAAUCCAACACUGCUAUGACAUUGGGGGUGUGGUGGGUGAUGGGAACUUUGCAGUGGUGUAUGAGUGCCGUGUGCGUGGAUGCACCCAAAAGUUUGCCAUGAAGAUGGUGGACAAGGCCAAACUGCAGGGCCGAGGUCACAUGAUACAGAACGAGAUCGCCCUAUUGCGUAGCCUGGCACACCCACGACUAGUGCAGCUGCUGUGCUCACAUCACACAGACACACAUGUCUAUCUGUUAAUGGAGCUGGUGGCUGGUGGUGAUCUGUUUGAUGCUAUUGCCAAGUGUGGAAAAUUCAGUGAGCCUUGUUCAGCUAGGAUGAUUCGAGACAUCAGCCAGGCUCUGGAGUACAUCCAUAACAAGAGCAUUGCACACAGAGACAUCAAGCCUGAAAACCUUCUAGUCCAACUGCACAGCGAUGGCAGUAUCAAUCUGAAGCUGGCUGACUUUGGAUUAGCCAUGGUAGUGACGGAGCCAGUUUUCACUGUUUGCGGCACACCUACGUAUGUUGCUCCUGAGAUACUUGCUGAGACAGGCUAUGGUAUAGCUGUGGAUGUCUGGGCAAUGGGUGUGAUACUCUUUGUGCUGCUCAGUGGGUUUCCACCAUUUCGCAGUCCAGAACGCAAUCAGGAGGAACUCUUUCAUCUCAUCCAGAAAGGAGAGGUCCACUUUCUGUCACCUUACUGGGACCAUGUGUCUGAGGGAGCUAAAGCUCUGAUCAGUGCUCUGCUAAAAGUGAACCCCAGUGUGAGACUGACAGCCAGUCAGACUCUGCAGAACAGUUGGCUUCUCCAUGCAGCAGCACAGAGUGACCAGGAGGAGGUGCCAGAAAACAGCAACAUCAUCAUAAACAGGAAAGACACAUUAAGAUCAGGAUGCAGAAAACGUGGGAUAUGGGGAAAUCAGCCAAAACUAGAUAUAAAGACAGAGGUAGCUCAAGUGGCACAGAGUGAAGAGAACAGAGAAGAAAGCACAAAUAAAUACAGAGAAGCCAACAGGAACAAUACAGAUAUGCAGACUCCUGAGAGACCAUUACAAGUAAGGGAAAUCAACAAAAAUAGUCACAUGCUGGAAGUAUCAGUGUUAGUACAAAAAGCAGACAAACCGGAGUAGUCCAGGUUCUGGAUGCCCACAUUAAGAUAGGCAACAAUAUCAGCAUGGUGAUAAUCAUUAUCAAAGAAAAUCAAGGUUGAGCAAAUUUGCAUUUCUUCAUAUCUGUAAUAUUACCACAGGAUUUAUUACUCACAACAUUUGCAAUAUGAUUUUACUGCAUGACAGGAUGUAAAAAUACUCAAUAACGUCUUUAUUCACAUCCGCAACAUUUAAGCAAUUACUUUAAACAAGAAUUCUUUCCCUUUAAUAAGAAAAUAAUAAAAAUAAAAAAAACCUGAAUUUCACAUAAACUCAAAUUUUAUAUGCAAGCUGACAAUAAUAUUUCCUCUCCCCUGUGUCAAGGUUGUUUUGAAUUUAAACAGCUGUCCAUUAGUAAAAUGACAUAUUAUGAGUUAGUGAGAUGUAAAGAUGUUUUAACUUCUUUACUUAUUACAGGGAAAAAGAGAAAAAAUCUCUAUGGUAAUCACACAUUUAAAGGAAUAAACAGAGUUUUAAUUCAUUUAAUUCUGUACCACCAAGUUUUUUUCCCCUUGCAGAGUAUAAAUAGCAAAGUUUUCACCAUAUGAGUCCCUACAUUAGAAAAAUAUUAAAUAAUAGGAAAAGAUCCCUACUUUCUUGUUCUCAUCCUUCUGAGGAGUUGAGAAGUGUACGAUGAUCAAGAUGCUAAGUAACAUCAUAUAUCUUUUGUUUAGUUACUCUUAACCCAUAAUUUCUGCCAAUAACAAUGAUUUUGCAAGGUAUAUAAAUACUGCAAUGUUGUUCAGCCUUCUUCUGAUGCUGCAUGGUAACUGCAGGGAGUGAAGUGAAUAGCAAAUAUGGCUGUGGCAUUGUGGCAACAGGAACAGAAGCCCUCUGGAAGGGUAAGAGUGAGUACAGUACAAUAAAAAAUGAUUAUAGAAUAAAGAUGUUGCCUGUGGGCAUGAGAAGAACUGCAAGAUCUGUUAGUGGCAAUGCAGCAGUGUAAUGAAGUGUAGACUUCAGUGGGAUUGUAGAAUAAGUGCUAACAGCCUUGCAUGGAGAAAGUCUGAUGUAUUUCUCCUACCUGUCUCUCAUUCACUAAAACUGAACACUGAGCCUACCAUGAUAGAGCAUGCUGAUAGUGAAAUCAGAUAGAUCAAUAUAAAUAAUCCAAAAAAGGAUUCAAAAUGUUCAGGACAUUAUAGGAACCUCUAAGCAUGUCAUAUACUAGUGGAUAGUGACAACAUCAUAGUGGUGUUUUAAAUCGACCAUGAAUUGCAGAUAAUGUUGAGAUGAACUAGCAAGCUCUAGAAGUCUUACAAGCUGCCUACCUACUAAAUCAUUGCAAUCAUAGAGUAGACACUGUCUUGCAGCAGUUGUUUGCCACAGGGAUUGGCAAACACUGGCUGAACAAGCUAAGGUUCCAAAUGUUGUCAGUAUUUCUCACAGGCCCUAUGUGCCUGCUACCUUUCACACCAAGCCUGUAGUCCCAGAUGAAUGGGUUACCAUGACACAGUAAAUCACUUACCUUACAAUGAAUGACCUGGCAUGAUAUUGGCAUGUUUACCAAAGUCUGAAACACUUUAUCUUGAGUACUUAUGCUUCAUCUGCAUGCUGGUUGUAUGCUGGUCAUAAAUCCUGUAUCUUGCCCCACAUGCUAUUUUGGAUAUUUUGGAGUUGGCUAGCAGUGCCUUAUUCUACAACUUAUAUUGUCAAGUAACAGUGUAUUGUUACACAGUGUAGUGUAUGCUUUUUUCUGGCUAUCACAACGCUAUGCAGGCUUUAAGUCAGAAAGCGUGGUCUUGUAUGCUUUUGAAGAUUAUGUGCCCCCAUCAGCCCUGUGUCCAGUGAAGGCUUCUAGCUUUAAGAGAAAAUGAUCGUUAGCUGGCAUGUUAAAAAGCAGCUGUUUGUAUCCUAUUGUGAGUACCUUAAAGGUCCACUCUAAAGACCAGUAGGCCCCUUAAUAAAGUUACUGUGCAAGCAUAUAACUUUACUGGUAAGCAACUUUAAGUAAAGUUAUUGAGUAAAGUUAUUGUGCAAGCAUACGUGAAUGAAGUAUGAAAGAAAUGUGUUCUUGCAUUAAAUUUGCAAAGCCAAUACAUUGAGAUCUUUCAAAUUAAGUGUUGCUUUAUUGUACAACUUGUGCUCUGUGGCGGCUUUGAGUGAAUCUCACCCUGAACUGAUUGUAGUAUAAGAAUGUUAGUAAUUUAUAUCAUCAUUAAAGAGGUGUAUCAACUCAGUGAGCAAUUGUUAUCCUCAGGGAAGAACAUUACAUAUGUUAUAACAUAUUAUAAUAUUAAAUAACAGGACUUGAGUGAUUCUCAAAAGAUCUGUGACAUAUGGUCACAGCCAAGAGUUGAGAACUUUACUAUUUGUACUCUGCAAGGAAUUCAGCAAAUGUGAAUACUCCACUAGCUGUGAAACAAACCACUCUGGUGGUCCUCCACUAAUAUCUUUGGUAUAAAAUGAAUAAACUUUGUAUAUCUGGCUAGAUUUAGUUUGGUGAUGGUGAGCAAGAGAAUGACAGAAAUAUAUGCAAGCUCUACUGUAGCUCUUAACUCUUCUUUCUCUUCAUGGAUAUACAUAUUAAGCUACAAAUGAUGAUGAAAGUCCCUCAACAGGUAAAAAGCACAUUAAAGCCACCACUGUUAGAAUCCAAAUAAUGGAGGUGGGGCUUGGUGUAUGUAACUUGAGUGCCAAUGAAUGUGUUCACUAAAGGCAGCCAUUUUAGGUACAUCAGCUUCCUGGCUGGUGAGAAAAGAUGACCUGUAUCCCUGUAUCUGAACUCUGGGAUUCCUCUUUCCUUCUUCCAAAUCAGUAUUGUGAUUUUGCACAUAAGUAAUGAAUUGUACUUUUGCAUAUAUAUUUUAUUGUGUAUUAAUAAAGGUCGUAAGAAUUCUAUGAAAA